GUGACCAGUUAUAUCCGCGUGAAAACUGCAAAGACGCACCAGAGCCGUAUCCCGAAUGAUAGGCAGCGACAAUAGAGCGACGCGCAAGUGAGAGAACUACUGGACGUAACGAGAGGACGACUUCUGUUUUGUUUUACGCAUUCGUCUCUUACUUUUACGCACUUUUCUUGGUUGAUUUUGAAGUGUUUUUGUUUUUUUUUACUUGAAAAGGAAGCGGCAUCCCUCCUCGGAACAUCCACAGUGGAAGAAUGAGGCAGUGCAGAGGCUGGAGCUGGGUGCUGCCGGUGCUGUUGGUUCUGGGAGCAGUAGGACAGAAGCUGCCCACGCGGGAUGAGGGCCUGUUCCAGAUGCAGAUCAGGGACAAGUCCCUGUUCCACGACUCAUCUGUGAUCCCUGAUGGAGCGGAAAUCAGUGGAUACCUGUUCAGGGACACGCCCAAAAGGUACUAUUUUGUGGUGGAAGAGGACAACACUCCCCUGUCUGUGACCGUGACUCCAUGUGAUGCGCCCUUGGAGUGGAAGCUGGUGCUGCAGGAGCUGCCAGAAGAGGCCAGUGGAGAGGCAUCAGGUGAGCCUGAGCCGCUGGACCAGCAGAAGCAGCAGGUGACCGUGGAUGAGGGCACAGAGCUCUUCACGUACAAAGGGAACGAUGUGGAGUCAUAUGUGGCCACCAGCUCCCCCUCGGGCCUGUACCAACUGGAGAUCCUCUCUACUGAGAAGGACAGCAACUUCAAAGUGUACGCAACCACCACUCCUGAAUCGGACCAGCCGUACCCCGAGCUGCCCUACGACCCCCGUGUGGAUGUUACCGCUCUGGGACGUACCACUGUGACCUUAGCCUGGAAACCCACCCCGACUGGCUUCCUCAUGGGACAACCUGUCCAGUACUGUGUCGUCAUCAACAAGGAGCAUAACUUUAAGAGCAUGUGCGCCGCAGAAGCUAAAAUUAGCGCUGAUGAUGCAUUUAUGUUAGCUCCCAAACCAGGAAGAGAUUUCAGUCCGUUUGACUUUGCACAUUUUGGUUUCCCUUCGAACGGAUUUGGGAAAGACAGAGGACUGACUAGUAACAAGAUCUCCCGUGCGUACACAGUGAAGCCAAAACAAUCCGACAUCCAAAAAGUGUGCAUCGGAAAUAAGAACAUUUUCACUGUUGCGGACCUAAAGCCAGACACACAAUACUAUUUUGACGUCUUUGCUGUCAACUCAGCUACCAAUACUAGUACAGCAUAUGUCGGAACCUUUGCCAGAACCAAAGAAGAAGCACGCCAGAAGACAGUCGAGCUGAAAGAUGGUAAAGUUACGGAUGUUUUUAUCAAAAGAAAGGGCAGCAAGUUCCUUCGCUUUGCCCCUGUGUCGUCCCACCAGAGGGUUACACUGUUUGUCCACGCUUGUCUAGACACUGUACAAGUUCAAGUGAGGCGAGACGGGAAACUUCUGCUGUCCCAAAACGUGGAAGGGGUUCGGCAGUUUCAGCUCAGAGGAAAGCCUAAAGCAAAGUAUCUGAUCAGACUUAGAGGCAGCAGGAAGGGUGCAUCAACUCUUAAAGUACUGGCCACUACAAAACCAAGCAGCAAGCAACCGUUCCCCUCACUCCCAGAAGACACGAGGAUCAAGGCUUUUGACAAACUGCGCACCUGCUCCUCCGCAACGGUGGCCUGGCUCGGCACUCAGGACAGGAACAAAUACUGCAUCUAUCGGAAAGAGGUAGCCGAAAAUUACGGAGAGGAGCAGAGGAGGAGGGAGCAGAACCAGUGCGCUGGGCCAGAAACGCGUAGGAAGUCCGAAAAAGUCCUAUGCAAGUAUUUCCAUAGUCCGAACUUGCAGAAGGCGGUCACCACGGAAACCAUUACUGGACUAGAACCGGGCAAGACCUACCUGCUGGACGUUUACGUAGUGGCACAUAGCGGCCACUCGGUCAAAUAUCAAAGCAAACUGGUGAAAACACGGAAGUACUGCUAAAAUGACUCUGCAAAGAUAAAUCUAUUAUAAAUAUAUUAAAUAAGUUUAUUUAACUCAAAGUGAUAUUCUACUAAGGAGUGUAUACAGACUUGACUACUCACACAGCUGAUGGGCCUGUGGCAGUGACUAUAUUGUGUAUAUUUAUGUUUACAAUGGGACAGUGGCGUUGUUGGUCUGGGUGGAACAUACAAAGACGCUAUGUGUGACCAGACUUGUUGUAAUGACAUCACGUUGCCACCGGGGGACUUCAAAACGGAGAUCAUUUUUCACCGACGUGUUUCUUUGUUUGCUGCAUGACAUACGCUUUUGUCCGUCAUACCUGAAGGGAGAUACAGUAGCUACCUGCGUUGUAUAGACCUCGCAACACACUUUCAUGUUUUAGGUGGAAUUUAAAUUAUUUUGUACUUUUUAUUUUUGUCUGUUUUUAUUGAUGAUAACAAUGAUAUUCCAGUUUUUUGGAGACAUUCCCCUGUCGUAUCUCAGCCCACAUGUAAAUGUUUUUUUCUGUGCUGGAGAUGUUAUUAUAUCGCUGUGUGUGUGUGCGUCACGUGUACAGAGCUGUCCUGCCAAUACUCAUGUACAUAAACACUAAAUAUAGAACAAGUAAUCCCUGUGUCACUUUGGGUGUCGUAUUCUUUUAACCUUACCAAGAUGGCUGCCAGCGAAAAGAGUGCUCGGCUUAGCAUUGUGUUUAUGGGUUUAGACACCGAAAUAAGAGUUGCAUAAGUGAAACUCAAACCUCGCACCAGAACUGGAUCUUUAAAAAUGGUUAGUGGGUGUAAUUUAACUUCUUGGAAACAUAUUUAAAUGUAUUUUUAAAUCUGGCUUAUGUGCUACAAAUGGAAAACAGUAUUAUUUUGGCGUUGGGUACAUGUGGAACUGGUUUAGAUGCCUAAACAAGGACAAAUCAAUGCAUCUGCUUUAAGAGGAACGUUAUCUUAUCUGCAAAUGCUUAUAAUGUUUGCUGGUAUUAGAAGUACAUUUACCUCUUACCUCAACGUAAAGCCCAUAUGUUUUCUUUCAAUUGUUUCAACAUAAAGGGGCACUAUAAUGUGUUUUGAAUCUUGCCCGUUGUACUUUUCUGUGAUCAAGUACAAAGGAAUGGACCGGUCAUUGCAUUGGCAUUUUGUUCUAAUGUACUGAUACAAAGAGAUAGUGAUAUUAUUUGAUAUAUUUUAUUUUCAAUCUGUGCAUAUAUGCAUUGCACAAGUCACAUUGUGUCCAUAUUAAAGUAGUAAUGCUGUAAAAUGGAACAAUAAAACGAAACAACAAAA